GUGCUACAACGCAUUUUUAAUAAAAAAAAGUGGUAGUUUUAGUUUUUCGUGUCAAUUUCUUUUAAUAAAAUUAAAUAUAAAAGUUAAUUUAUAUUUAUCAAUCAUGUCAAUAAUACAUAACGAUGACAACAUAAUGGCUAUUGACGAAGAUCCACAAGUUAUUAUCAAUGACGAUGAGCCCUCGACUACGCAAAAUAUUCCCAAUGGCCGUUCCAUGGACUCACUACGCUCUUCGUUUACCAAUCGCAGCUCGACCCCAGAUUCCUCCCACAAUUCGCUCGACACGAUUGACGUAGGCGCUGAUGACCUGCAGGAGAAAUCUCGUUUAAUUACUCAAGUCCUGGAAUUGCAGAACACAUUGGAUGAUUUAUCACAGCGCGUUGACUCGGUGAAGACCGAGAAUCUAAAGUUACGUUCCGAGAACCAGGUGCUCGGGCAGUACAUUGAAAAUCUGAUGUCAGCAUCAUCGGUGUUCCAAUCGACCAGUCCAAGUGCUUCGAAAAAGAAGUAGAAGGAACAGGAUACGAUGGGAUCCAUGCCAUGCGAUUCAAACUCAAAUAUAUGCCUUGUCAUUUAUACAUGAAUUAAUUGCUUGUGUUAACGCUACAAAUUAAUUGGUGUUGCUAAUCUGUCGAAUUUGUGCACAAUAUUUUUUAAUUACUAGUUAGACCAUACGCUUA